GUUGGCCGUUCAAAGAUAGCUGUGCCAUUCGUUGAGCCCUGCAUAUGGGCGAUGGCCAGUAACAUGCAAAGCUUGGGAAUGGAGGCACCGCCCAUGGGCUAUGAGCCCUCACAGGCGCCUGGAGGCGGUGCAGGUGGAUCCAUGGCCGCGGUGUCUCAGCUCUUUACGCGCUUGGCGCAGGAGAUCGAGGAGCAGAAGCCAAAGAACUGCAUUCAUUUCGUGGUGGACUUCCUCUGCAAGCACUACCCGGAACACUUGCAUGGUUUUGCCUCCAUUUGGCAGAUGGACCCGGAUCUCGAGCGGGAGCGGCAUGAGGUGGUGAACUUCUUCAAGGCGCACAAGAUCUCCACCGCGGUGGCGGCGCACUUCACCAAUGCCGGGUACGACACAUUGGACACUUUGACGACCUUAUCACCUGACAGCUUGGUGGAUGUGGAGGCCUUCAACAACGUGAAGUGGCUCCCCGGGCACAAGGUGAGAUUGCAGCAGAUCUUCAGUGAGAUCUCCGCCCGGGUGCGUGCGUACCGUCAGCAGUACGGCGAGAACGCACCGCGGAGUCGACACCACCACAGCGCCCAUCACAGCGCUCAUCAGAACGCCCAUCAGAGCGCGCACCACGCUUCAAAUCAUCAUUCAUCCUCUGAGCGAAGACAUGACUCCCCCAACGAGCACUACAGACAUGCGCCGGCAAAUUACCAUGGACACGAACCUCGUCAUGGGACCGAGCGACAUGAGAGCUACCCGCAGCGACCCUACUCGCCCGCGCCGCAUCACGCAGCGCAUCACGCGUCGCAUGCGGCGCAUGCGGCGCAGGUUUAUGUGCCGCGGCCCUCGAGCCCAACACAGGGUGAUCGUCAUGUGGCCUUUGCCGGCGGCUUCAGCGGGGGCUACGCAGGCGGUUUUGCGCCUCCCGCGGCUGUUGCACCCAUGUCCGCCGCGCCGAUGUCCGCCGCGCCCAUGCCGGCAGCUAUGCCGGUGCAGAUGUCCGCGGUGCACGCGAUGCCCAGUGGCGGCGCAGGAAGUGGCCACACAUCGCCGGUGCGGAGUAGCCAUGCAGCGCCCAUGCUGGUCGCAGGCCAUCCGCCCAUGGUGACCGGUCACACGCCAGGCAUGAAGCUACAGCCAGGUUUGACCCCGUCCCCGAACAUGUUCUUGGCCAACUCCAUUCUACCGCCGACCUAGGCGAAGGUGAGCCGGGCUUCCUCGCAGUGGUGGGUGGUGGGACAGCAGUGGUGGGACGUCCAAACAAGCCCAAGAUCCCACUUCAGCCGCUAGUAGCAAUGCC